UUUGUAUCUUGAAAUUGUGAGCAGAUCGAGAGAGGGAGCGAGCUCCAUGUUGUAACAAAGUUAUCAACAAGAAACUCCCCUUUUAAUUUGUUUUCUUUAUUUGCCAUUUUCAAAAGACAUACUUAUGCAUCAAACAUACCUGUAAAUCAAGAGGGUACGGGGGGUUUAGAGAAACCAGAAAACUAUUUAAGGCAAAAAAAAGGAUACGCAGGAAUUUCGGAUCUAAUGGACAAUCCGUCCACGUCUAUAAUCACCCAGGUUAGCAGAGAUGACGAGGUGACUACCCCUUUACAAGAGAACGGUGCACGGACUACUACUACUUCAAGAACAAAGCCUAGGAACCGAAGCAUUUGGUCCAGUCUGUUCUGCUGUUUCUGUCAGGAAGAACCAGAGGCAGUGCCCAGCAAGAAUAAUGCUUCCCCUGUGAUAGAAGAAAAUGGAACUGUAGCUAAAACUCCAUUGAGGCCCCUUCUUCCACAAGUAAAAGCCAAAGAUGCAGGCAAGAUCUGUGUUGUCAUUGAUCUAGAUGAAACAUUAGUCCACAGCUCUUUUAAGCCAGUAAACAAUGCUGAUUUCAUCAUUCCAGUUGAAAUUGAUGGAAUUGUUCAUCAGGUUUAUGUAUUAAAGCGGCCACAUGUUGAUGAAUUUCUAAAACGCAUGGGGGAACUUUUUGAAUGUGUGCUCUUCACUGCUAGUUUAGCAAAGUAUGCUGAUCCUGUUGCUGAUUUAUUGGAUAAAUGGGGUGCAUUCCACUGCAGAUUGUUCAGGGAAUCUUGUGUUUUUCAUCGAGGCAACUAUGUCAAAGACCUGAGUCGACUUGGCCGUGACUUGAACAAGAUCAUCAUUAUUGACAACUCUCCUGCAUCCUAUAUUUUCCAUCCAGAUAAUGCUGUGCCUGUAGCCUCCUGGUUUGAUGAUAUGUCUGACACAGAGCUGCUAGACCUUCUCCCCUUCUUUGAGAAACUCAGUAAAGUGGACGAUGUCUACACAAUACUCAAACAGCAAAGGACUAUAAGCUAGCAAAUAUGAACUUUUAACUAAAGGGAUGGGCUGGUAUUUUUAAAUGUCACUCCUAUAAGUGUGAGGAGUCAAAACUGCCUUUUCCAUAAUCUACCCUGAAUUCCAUGGAAGAUAGAGUGGUGGAAGGAAGUCAGAAGGAAGAAGAUUGGAUGAAAGUUGGAAAAAGGGGGUAGAAUACUGAAGCAAGCACUUCAUGGACAGAUGUACAGAACUUUUUUAACACUUGAAUUUGUGUUAUUUUUUUCUGUGUUAAUCUUUUUUUAUUUUUUUAAGAAAGUUGAGGGUUGUUGGUUCAUUCUAUUAAAGGAACAAUAUAACCUUGGUGAUCUUCUAAAUUAAUUUUUAUAUGGACAGCUCUAACUUUGUUUAUGGAAUGCAACCAUUGAUCAAUGGUUUCUGUAGGUAAAAUUUUUAUUGUGCAGGCAUUGAGGCUUGGUUUGCAAGAAUACUAUUAUAUAGUUUUGACCUUGCCAAGCGUUCCUUUCUUACAAUGUGGAAACUAUGCAAAAAAUAACUGUAGUUGGAAAGUUAGAAACAAAUCAACAAAUUAACAGAACAGGAUAUUCUACUUUAUAGUUGGAAACGUUAGACUAAACUCCUUUACACAGUGUUUAGACUGUAAUUGCUUAUAGUGGAAUAAAUAAUCCACUAUGCUGAACUUGUAUUGUUCCUUUACAAAGAGAAAAUAACAUUUGUUGGCAGCCUAAUAUGUUAAGUAUUAGAACCAGGAGUAUUUCCAUAUUGUUUUUGAUACUGAUUCACCGAUUUGCCUUAACCUCUUUUUAGGUGAUCUUUUAAAUUCCUUUUUUUGGCUGUAUCACCUCCACAGUAUCAUUCUAAAUUUGAUGCCUCAAGUUAUAAAAGGGUCCAAAAAUGACCACCGACCAAGAAGAUGGAAAUCCUAUGUAUUAAGUGUGUGGUUUCUAUACUGUGCCUCAGUUUCACCCUUUCACAAGAAAUCUUGUCUGUUGAGGGUGAUAAACAGAAAGUCUGGCAGCCAUUACUGAACUGUUCACAAAGGAGCCCUGUAAGUGCCAAUAAGACAUAUAGGGAUAUUUUUAAAGUCUGCAUAUGGCAGCAAAAGCAAAUGUUCAUUUUACACUUGAUUUUUUUAUUUGUUGAGUUUAAACGUUUUCAUCUAAGCAGUGCCUUUGUAAAUUUUGCUCUGUUUUUCAUGGUUUAUGCUGGGGUCAAAAAUUUACACUGUAAAAAGUAAGAAUUUAAUUCUGAAAAUAGAAAAGGUAAGUUAAAUUAAAAAUGUGUUUUUUUUUUGCUUUUUUUUUUUGUUGUUGGCUGUUGAGCGAGUGGAAAUAGAGAAAAUCUGUUCUGUUCUAGUCUUCAAUGGCUGCGUCUGACUUAUCACAUUUACUCAUUACUCGUUAGAGAAAUUAUGGCGAAGAAAGAUGUGUGCUCAUUGGAUUAAGAAAAAAGUAUUUGGUAUCUACCUUCACUGGAUUUUUUUUUCCUUUUAAUUUUAUUGGAGAUGUAUAAAAAUAAAUCUUUAGUGCUGAGAUUUGCUACAGACUUGCUAUGUGAAUUUAACUUGCCCUUUUCCUUCCAGAACAAUCAAAAUCUGUUUUUUCACUUACAUUUUUUAAUUGUUAUAGCAGAGGAAUCUUGUACAAAGGAACGCUCUGUAACUAAACAUAUAGACACAUAUAUUGUUAAAGCAGUCUUUUUACCCAUUUGCUUCAAAUUCAAUUUGUAUAGGCUCGAAUUGUGUCAUUUAUUAAACCAUUAUUAUUUAAUGAGAUUGGCGAUUCUAAAUUGGCCCUAGUGUGUGCUUGGUGUGUUGGUGUGUAUGUGUGUGUCCUGCGGUGGGUUGGCACCCUGCCUGGGAUUGGUUCCUGCCUUGUGCCCUGUGUUGGCUGGGAUUGGCUCCAGCAGACUCCCGUGACCCUGUGUUCGGAUUCAGCGGGUUAGAAAAUGGAUGGAUGGAUAUUGGCAUCACAUGUUUACUUUAGACUUAUGUAGAAAAAUGCAUACUUUUGAAAUAUGUUUGCCACAACAUACUGUGGAAAAGUUAAGGUCUUCUGUUACCUUAAUCAUAACAAAUGUCAUAUUUAUACGCUGGACAGUAAAUUAAAGCUCAGUUUUCACUGGAAUUCCAGUUUGGUUCUUGUUGCCUGUUUCCCUAAUUGGCAGGGUACAGUCUCUCAAUAAAAACAAUUGGAAAGUUCCAGGGAUAGUCUCUGAAUAACAGUAUUGUUGAGGAAAAUUCUGGUAUAUCCAGUUUAAGCUAAUUCCGUUUUAUUUUCUUAAAGUUCAGAUUUUAAGGUUUGGAUCAAGUGAUUUCUGUGAAAAGUGUUUUACCUCAAAUGUCUGUUUGCACAAACUUUUUAUUUUUCUAAAUUUGUCAAUUAUGGAAUUUUUUUUUUUAAGUUUUAUAACAGAUGCCAUCGUGUUUUGUUAUGAGUGACUAAGCUGUUUAACUUUUGUGGACCUAAUUGAUUAAACUGAACCUUUCCUUGAUAAUGUGAGAGAGAUUUUUACUGAACAUUCUAGUAAAGAUGCAGUUUCUCAUAUUCCGCUUCUUCAUCAGUUGAUAUACAGUAUAAACCUAUUAAUACUACAGUCUGUCCAGUUUAGUUUAAGAGCUUCCAUUGUACAUGGUUGUUCAAAUUGAAAUUUGCUUGUACAUUCUUUGACAUUGUAUUUAUGGUCCUGAUAUUUACUGUAUUUAAUAAUUGUUUAUUUAAAUGCAGUUAUAUUUUUGGUAUUUUCACUUUUGAAUUCAGACAAAAUUGGCAUUAAUAUAUGGGUUAUUAUACUUGUGAUUUGGGAACACUGAGUUUAAAUUAAACUCUUGUAAGUAUGUUGUGAUAAUGUUUCCUUAUAAUUGUAUUCAGUGUGUAAUUCCAUAAUUAAGAAAUUUUAUUCAUUAAUGUACAA